ACAGCCAACAGAGAUGCAUUUUGUUCCACACUUAAUAAUUGUGGUGCUGAGAGUAUGCUACAAUCGAAUUGGUUACAGAAGAAAUGAGGCUCUCAAUCUUACCAUAAAAAGCAUGGCCACGCUGAAUAUAUGGACAAUUUCUCUCAUAAUAGCAAUAUCUUUGGCGAGAAUCGGACUGGCUGCAAUUGGGUCGUUGUUCGGCCCAACGUUGCUUUACGUCGCAGAUCAAGUUAACGUUUCUGUAACUACAAUUUCAACGCUGUCUACGGGAAAGGCAGUUGGAGGUAUAUUCGGUGCGGUUCUGGGUGGAAUAAUAAAGAAUCUCGUUGGCCCGAACUUUCGUCAUUUAGUGUUGUUUGGUAUUAGCUGCUUCAUUUUUGGAAUUCUUCAAGCAGUUAUCCCAUGGACGACUAAUUUCUGGAUUCUUAUGGGAAAUUAUAUUCUAAACGGAGUUCUUUAUGGAUAUCUCGAAUCUGCGAUGCAAGCAUUUAUUCUUCAAACAUGGGAAAGUAAAUCAUCAGCGCCAUUUAUUCAUCUUUUCCACAUGAUGCACAGCUUUGGAUCAUUUGCUACGCCAUUAAUAGCUGGUUACUUUCUCGCCCUCUCUGAUGCCGAUGCGGAAAAUAACUAUUGCCCCGGUAAAAUUUCAAAUGCAAUCAAUUCAACACUCCAGUUGGAAGACGUCGGUGUUAACAAAAGUGCUAUUGAUACUAUUGAAAUCAACCAAGCUGGAUGGGCGUUCAUUGUUACAGCUUGUUUUAUCGUUCUUGUCUCAAUCGUAUUUUUUGUGCUCGCCUUGGCAGAUGUUGAAGGUCGUAUUUCCGAAUUUUCAUCGUAUGAUGAAUAUUUCCCAGUGGAAAAAGAAGAAAAACCUUCGCUGACUUUGGUAUCGUUCUUUAUAAUUGUGGUCGGAUAUUUCCUCUGUGUUGUUUCGGCUUCUGGCCUUUUUUCUACCUACAUAUAUGCCGUCACACUUUGCUCUAACCUUGGGUUUUCUAUUACUUCAGCAUCUCAAAUUAAUUCUUUAUUUUGGUUUUGUCAUGGAUGUGGUCGUCUAAGUGGAGUGAUAGCGUCAAAUUAUAUCUCAGCCAAAACUAUUAUUAAGUUUGGUAUCGCUGGAAGUAUAUUUUCUAUGACAAUUUUGAGUGUUUUCGGAGAGCGGGUACCAUGGAUACCUUGGGUGAUUUCUGCACUUCACGGAUACACUGUAUCAAUUUUAUAUCCAGCUGGCGUUUCGUGGGUGUCAGAGAACACAAACAUAUCUGGAACAUAUAUGUUCGUACCCAGUGUGGGAAGUCUGCUUGAAAAGAUGAUCAUGGUGCCUCUGGGUGGAUUUAUACUUGAUUUAAAUGCAUUCAGUGUCAUAUAUCUCAUAUUCGGAUUCUCACUAGGUACUGCUAUUACUUUUGGAAUGAUGAUAAUCAUGGCGAAUUACAAAUCAUUAUUGAACGACCAGACAAAAAAAUUACAGCUAAGCGAUAAAAGGAAAUAUUAGCGAUUCGUCAUCAUGUUAUGGUGAAGGUGCAAACUGGGUGUGCCUAAUUCCGUAUUCAAAUUGUAAACACCUGUGAUCACCAUUUAUCUGUGGCUGACAUCAGUGGUGGAAUUCAAAAUUUUUAGAACGGGCGUAGAAUUCACUAACAACAGGUACUCUUAUUUACAGAAAACCUUGACUAAUUUUUGGCUUCUAAACUGUAUGUCAUAUUACCAAUGUAUGUCACUAUGUAAACAACAUUAAAAUGUAAUCGAAACGACAAUUAUUACACUGAUCGCCAGCUCAUGAAGGGUUUGCUGGUAUGGUCAC